AUGACGUCGGAGCGUUCUCGAAUCCCGUGUCUCUCGGCCGCUGCUGCCGAAGGAACAGGGAAAAAGCAACAAGAAGGAAGAGCAAUGGCGACACUGGAUCGCAAAGUGCCCAGUCCGGAGGCGUUUCUGGGCAAACCCUGGUCCUCCUGGAUCGACGCCGCCAAAUUACACUGCUCCGACAAUGUAGAUUUAGAAGAGGCUGGAAAAGAGGGUGGAAAAAGCAGGGAGGUUAUGAGGCUUAAUAAAGAAGAUAUGCACUUAUUUGGCCAUUACCCGGCACAUGACGACUUCUAUCUCGUCGUGUGCAGUGCCUGUAAUCAGGUCGUCAAGCCACAGGUUUUCCAGUCGCACUGCGAGAGAAGACACGGUUCAAUGUGCAGACCUUCUCCCUCGCCAGCGUCUCCGCCCUCCAACUCCAGGACAUCACUAGCACAGGUGAAAACAAAAGCCUGUGUCAGCGGCCAUAACUCUGCCAGCAGCACCUCAAAGCCAUUCAAAACGCCCAAAGACAAUCUACUUACCUCCAGCAGCAAACAGCACACGGUCUUUCCUGCUAAAGGAUCCAGGGACAAACCAUGCGUUCCGGUUCCUGUAGUCAGUUUAGAGAAAAUUCCUAACCUAGUGAAGGCAGAUGGUGCCAAUGUCAAAAUGAACUCUACCACCACCGCUGCCGUCCCCGCCUGCUCCACCUCGACCUCGGCCUCGGCCGCCUCCGCCCCGCCCUUAACGAAGCCAGUCUUGAUGUCAAAGUCAGUGCCACCUUCCCCGGAGAAGAUCUUAAACGGCAAAGCGAUUCUGUCCACCACGAUAGACAAGAAACACCAAAACGGCACCAAAAACAACAACAAGCCUUACCGGAGACUUUCAGAGAGAGAAUUUGACCCAAAUAAACACUGUGGAGUAUUGGAUCCCGAGACAAAGAAACCUUGCACAAGAUCCCUCACCUGCAAGACACACUCGCUGAGCCAUCGGAGGGCAGUCCCCGGCAGGAAAAAGCAGUUUGACCUCCUCCUGGCGGAACACAAAGCCAGGUCCCGCGAGAAGGAAGUUAAGGAUAAAGAGCAUCUUCUGACUUCAGCGAGGGAAGUACUUCCAAACCCAGCCGGGCCGGCGCAGGACCCUCUGCUGGGAUCUUCAGGGAGCGCUGGGCCAGAACCUAAAGUCACCUCCCCUGCAAAAUCCAGGCCGCCCAACUCUGUGCUUCCCAGACCGUCCUCUGCAAACAGCAUCAGCAGCACCACGUCUUCGAGCCACAGCGGCUGCGCCCCGGAAGCCCCUGCGCCCCCCGCUGCGGGUGACCUCGCCAGCCGGCUGUCGAGCGAUGAAGGGGAGAUGGACGGCGCCGACGAACCCGAGAAGUUAGACUGCCAGUUCUCCACCCACCACCCCAGGCCGCUUGCGUUUUGCUCCUUCGGGAGCCGCCUCAUGGGACGAGGGUACUAUGUGUUUGACAGAAGAUGGGAUCGUUUCCGGCUCGCGCUAAACUCCAUGGUAGAAAAACACUUGAAUUCGCAGAUGUGGAAGAAGAUCCCCCCGGCGGCAGACUGCCCCCUGCCCUCGCCGGCAGCCCACAUCGCCACCCCGGUGCCAGCCUCCGUCUUGCAGCCUUUCAGCAGCCCCGGUGCCGUGUACCUCCCUUCGGCUCCCAUCAGCUCGAGGCUCGCCUCCUCCUACAUCAUGACGUCCGCCAUGCUCCCCAACGCCGCGUUCGUGGCCUCGCCGGACCCGGGCGCCCUCCUGCCGCACCCCGCCGCCUUCCCCCACGUGGCCGCCACCCUCAGCAUCAUGGACUCCACCUUCAAGGCCCCCUCGGCCGUGUCCCCGAUCCCGGCCGUCAUCCCGCCCCCCGCGUCCCACAAGCCAUCAUCCAAAACCAAAACCAGCAGAUCCUCAAAAGUCAGAGACCUGUCCGGCCCCCCUCCUCCGAGCAACAAGAAGCGGCGGCCGCCGCCGCCCGCGCCAGCCCCUGCCCCGUUCCCCCUGCAGGCGCCCCUCCCGGCCCCACUGGCCGGGCCCCACAGGAAGAACUGCGUGCUCGGCGCCAGCUCGGCCUUGAACUCCUACCAGGUGGCCCCCCCCUACGCCAGCCUGCCCGUGCACACCUCCAACAACGGGGUGAGCCCCCUCCUCAGUGCCAAACUGGAGCCCUCAGGACGGACCUCGCUGCCCGGCGGCCCCCCGGACAUCGGGAGGCACCUGGGCCCCGGGGGCGGCAGCGAGCCCUGCGCCCUCGCCGUGCCCGCCCUCGCCGGGGACCUCUCCCUGGCCUCCCACAACGCCGUGUCGUCUUCUCUGGCCCUCUCCUUCGACAAGUCGGAAGGGAAGAAGCGUAAGAACGCGAGCUCGAGCGGCAAGGCCUGUAAGAUCACUAAAAUGCCUGGGAUGAACAGCGUCCACAAAAAGAACCCGCCCAACCUUCUCCCGCCGAUGCCCGACCCCGUGAACAGCACCUCCUCCUCGCGGCAGGUUGGGAAAAACAGCAGCCUCGCUCUGUCACAGUCCAGCCCUUCAAGCAUACCCAGCCCAGGACACAGCCGACAGAAGACCACAAACAGAACCGGCAGGAUAAGGACUCUUCCAUAG